ACAGAGCAUUGGCUAUGCUGAAAUGGGCUACUCGGAAGAAAGCUGAAUUGCUACAGACCUAUGAAGAUCUCACAACGGUUAAAGCUCAGAUCUCACACAGCAAGUACAAACCAGGUCCUGUGGAAAUGCUACAACCACAGAGUUCCCUAUCUAAAUCGCGAGGCUAACAGUAACACUCUUUUAUUGAUAGGUUUUGGAAAAUGAAGAAGCUGUCUCGCAAAUUUACUUUGGUGUUAGCAGUGGUGCUAUGGGUCGCAGCUGUGAUGUAUUUUUUGUUAUUAAAUAAACGAAAGGUGGUCGGUUUAGGACCUGAAGCGCAGGAUGGAAAGCUGUCAGAUGCGGAAUGGGAUGAUCUCCUGGAUGAGUUUGAUGAGAGGAAUUAUCUCAGUGCCCGCAGAUGGAAGCCUGGCCAGGAUCCAUACAAACUGUAUGCCUUUAACCAGCGGGAAUGUGAACGGAUACCUAGCAAUCGGGCUCUCAGGGACACAAAGCAUUACAGAUGUACGACAUUGCACUAUACCCCAAACCUUCCCUCUACUAGUAUUAUUAUCACCUUCCACAAUGAGGCUAGGUCAGCUCUUCUGCGGACUGUCAAGAGUGUGCUCAACAGGACCCCUGUCCACCUGAUUCAUGAAAUCAUAUUAGUUGAUGACUUUAGCAAUGAUCCUAAUGACUGCCAGCUAUUGAUCAAGCUGCCCAAGGUGAAGUGUGUGCGUAAUGACCAAAGAGAAGGUUUAAUCCGAUCCAGGGUGCGUGGUGCAGAUACAGCUGUGGCUGGAGUGCUGACCUUUCUAGACAGUCACUGUGAGGUUAACAAAGACUGGCUUCCCCCUCUCCUCCAGAGGAUAAAGGAGGACCCAACCUGCGUGGUGAGUCCUGUGAUCGACAUCAUCAACAUGGACUCUUUUGCUUAUGUUGCAGCUUCAUCUGAUCUCCGUGGAGGGUUUGACUGGAGCCUGCAUUUCAAGUGGGAGCAGCUGUCAGCGGAACAGAAAGCCAGGAGAUCUGACCCCACCGAGCCCAUUAAGACCCCUAUUAUUGCUGGUGGGCUGUUUGUAAUGGACAAAUCCUGGUUUAAUCACUUGGGGAAAUAUGACACAGCCAUGGAUAUUUGGGGUGGAGAAAACUUUGAGAUCUCUUUCCGCGUGUGGAUGUGUGGUGGGAGCUUGGAGAUCAUCCCUUGCAGUCGAGUUGGUCAUGUCUUCAGGAAGAAACACCCAUACGUUUUCCCUGAAGGAAAUGCCAAUACCUACAUAAAGAACACCAGACGUACAGCCGAAGUGUGGAUGGACGAGUUUAAACAGUUCUACUAUGCAGCUCGUCCAGCUGCCAGGGGAAAACCAUACGGAGACAUUCAGAACAGAGAAGAACUCCGGAAGAAUCUCAAGUGCAAGUCUUUCAAGUGGUACCUGGAUAAUGUAUAUUCUGAGUUGAAGAUCCCAGAUGAAUCAGACUUCCAGUCUGGCACGAUUCAACAGAGACAGAACUGUGUGGAGUCUCAGAAAUUAGAGGGGCAGGAUUUGCCAGUGGUAAGCCUGGGAACCUGCAUUGGGAGCAAAGGAGUGCCAGUUCUGAAUCAGGAAUGGACCUAUACACAUGGCCAACAACUCCGACAGGAGCAGCACUGCCUCUCUGUCUCCACCACCUUUCCAUCUUCACAAGUUGUGCUCAUUCCUUGCAACCAAGGGGAUGGGAAACAGAGAUGGCAGAAAUCUGGCUCACACAUUGAGCAUUUGGCCUCUCACUUCUGCCUGGAUAGUGAAAUGGCUUUGGACAGAAGUGAGGACAACAAGAUGCUUGUGAUAAACCCAUGUGAGACGGCAGCCUUCACCCAACGAUGGGAACUGGCAUUUUCCUGAAGUAGGCAUCUUUAGUAUAAGGGACACGAGAUGGAAACUCAAGUCUUAAAUAAACAUGAGUCUUAAAUGUCCUAAUUUAUUAACUGGAGAUAUUUCUGGAAUAACCUGGAAGUUCAAAAUAAUUUAUUGGUGAACUGAUGGAACGUACUGACUUUCUGGAGAAUGAGGGUGAGUCGUUCAUACCUUGCUGUGCAGAAGUGUGGAAGUCAUCCAUCAUCAUGGUUAAUGGAUUCAGCUAGGUGGUAGUUCACCAAGAUGAAGGAAAGGGUGAGUAUUGUAUUUUGACAUUACCACCAUCCUUCUACUUGAACUUUUUUGAAGAAAGUUUUUGAUAACCAGUAUCUUCUAAGAAAUCUGACAGUGAUUACAGAAAGAAGACUAAGAGCACAUACUAUAUACAUACUAUAUGCUUUUAAAACAUGCAUUGUCCUGAAAGUAACUGUAUUUCUAUUACAUAUAGCUGGACUUGUAUAGGACCUUUAAUGAAUAUUUGUCCGCAGUUGCAAUUGGGAAAGCAAUCAAUGAUAAUGAAAUGUAUGUGGACAUUUGCUACAGGAAUAACUGGUUCUAAAUUGUUUAUGGUAAAUUAAAAGUAUAAAUAUUUGAAUGUUUGCACUUGUUCACCUAUCAUAUGAUUUCAUCCAAGUGUGUUAUGUUGUAUCCUAUAUACUACACUAAAUACCACCUUAACAGCAAAUAUAUUGCUAUUGAUUUUAGAAAAUUUAACUUUCUUAGGAAUUUUUAAAAACUGAAUUUAAUUGAGUCUCACUGUUUAAGCAAAUAUGUAUUUACAUUGAGUAACAAUUUUUCAAUCAGUUUUUAAAACAAUUAAAACUAGGGGGAAAAAGUGUUGGCCGUUGACAACCAAUCACCAGUAUCCUUUGAGGCAGUUAUUUCUGGGAAGUGCAUCAGUAGUCGCAUAAUUUUUUUGUUUUUUUAAUCAUCCCAUCUAAAAGUAGAAUUGCUUUAAAAAACGUUAACACAAAGUAGUAUGUAAUACCCUUAUUUCCUUUACAGAAUGGAUAUGUCUGCAUAAAAAAAUUCAGUUUAUACCCUCCAAAAUGUCACAUCUAUAGUCCCAUACACUACCACUGAAACCUGUUUCAUAGGUCUAAACUAAAAUUUAAAAACCACUGAUCAGCAGCCUUAGUAGGGGUGUGACAAUACUCACAUUUUUCCAGUAAAUGGCUGUGUGAAAUUUGAAGUUUAUAGGUACUAAUUAAAUGGAAUAAAAUGUGUUAAUUACUCAACACACAACAAUGCGGUCCCUUGGUUUCCCUUAUUUACACAGUUAUUGAGUAGCAAUCAAUAACAAUCUGACAGUGUUAUAACCUGUCAUAAUCAAACUAAUUAAAACUAAUUAAUAUUUUAAAACUGAUUAUAAAAUAUUUUUUCAUACAUAGUAUUCUUUUUCACUUUCCUUAGUUUGCUAGAAAUGCCUUCUCUCUGCAGUGAAUUGUGGGAUUGCAGUCCUGGGCAAGGUGUUCUCUCCGAUUAAACUCUACAGAGAAAUAAAUAUAUA